CAAAAGGGCCGGCGCGGGCUGCACUGCCGCCCCGCCAGCAUGUCCCUCCCGAGCGGUUGCGGCCAGACCCCCAGCCGGGCCAUUCCCGCCGCGCCCAGGGCGCUUCUGGACGGCGGGCAGCUGCCGCCCGGGGUCUACAGCACCACCCCCGGCGGCACGCUCUUCAGCACCACGCCGGGAGGCACCCGGAUCAUCUACGACCGCAAGUUCCUGAUGGAGUGUCGGAACUCGCCCGUGAGCCAAACCCCCCCUCGGGACCUGCCCUCCAUUCCCGGGGUCACCAGCCCUGCCUCGGAGGACGCCGCAGACACCAGGCAGGGCCACCCACGUGACAACCCGGAGGAGAAGCCGGCGGGCCCUGGUGAAGAGUCACAGUUUGAAAUCGACAUUUAACAGACCCACCUCGGAUCAAGCAGAACCUCUGCCCCCCACCCCGGGCCCUUGGGGCGGGGGGGUUGGCGUCCCACCAGCCAGGCCUGGGAAGGUCCUGGGCAGGCACUGAGGAUGGGGCCGCACCCUGGGCACCGCUCCCCGCCGCAGGAGGCACCAGUGGUUCCCUCCACAUGCCCCUCGAGCCAGCCGUGCACAGGACCCGCAGACCCGCAGCCCAGAGCGGGGCUGGCCUUGACCUGCUCCUCCAGCCCCACCCUUGGGGCGCACCCACCCCUUCCCCGAGGGUGCCGGAAGCCCCACCCCCUUUCCAGAAAGGAAAUAAAAGUCACCAGCCCUUGG